ACCGUAUCCCCGCCUUCUUAGCUCAACCCCCGCUUCAAACUGGAGCUCUCCCCCACAAAGCUGCUGAUGCUGCACAACUCGCCAUCUCCACAACCUGCACCUACAACCGACAUUUCUCAUUCCUUACAUCACUGAAAAAAACAAAAUAUAUACAAAGGAACAACUACCAACAACCCCCAUCCCUCCAUCUUACACAUCUGCACUCAUCGCUCUCCUGCGCCCCAGUUGCACGGCCGCCACUCUAUCGUCGUGAGACGGGUCCGUGAAGCGGGGUAAAUAUCAGUAUCCCAAACAAAUCGACUUCGUACCCUUCAGUUCAACCAAACAAGUUCACCCGGAAUGUCGUCGGACGCCCCACGUCAACCGUCUCCAGCCGCCUACGGGUCGUCGCCGAGCUUGACCUCGCGCCAGAGCACUGGAAGCCUGCGCGGAGCUCCACCACCGUCCUCUCCGCGUUCACCCUCGCGCCACCUCUCGACCGUGCAGCACUCGAUGGCCGACCUUCUCUCGACCCCGCCGUUACCGAAGCAAGAGGGAGAAGGAGGUCUCCUGAGAGACUGGAGAUCUGUCUCUGCCGGAGAGUUGAUCGAUCAGCAGGUGCUCCAGUUCGUAGAGCUCGACACCCCCGUUGAGACUGCAUGUCAGAUGCUCAUCGAUCAUGGAUUGUCAUCGCUACCCAUUCGCACCUCUCCGGACGAUGAGAGCGUGUGCGGAACCUUCGAUUACACCGAUCUGAACGCAUUCCUGCUGUUGAUCAUGGGGCUCUAUCAGCCGGAAGAAGAUGAGGAUCUCUCCUCGUUCGAAGAGCUGGCCAGGAAAGCUCGCGCCGGAGGAUCGAUUCCCGUAAAGCUCGUAAAGGACCUGGGAAAGAAGGAUCCUUUCAUCACGGUACCAGAAUCGGCACCAUUGACGAAGGUCGUCGAGGUGCUCGGAAGUGGCGUGCACCGCAUUGCCGUUGUUCGGGAAGGCACAAACCAAGUUAUUGGGAUCAUAAGCCAGCUCCGCUUGAUUCGAUUCUUUUGGGAUUAUGGCAGAUGCUUCUCCAGCAUAGAAGCUUUGUAUCCGUGCAGUUUGCGUGAACUUGGCAUUGGGUCCUCCAUCGUCAUAUCGAUAAACGGUGACAAGAUGGUGCUGGAUGCCCUCGAGUUGAUGAAUUCGGAAGGAGUCUCAUCGCUGGCUGUUGUCGACAACCAAUUCAAUGUCAUGGGAAACAUCUCGACGGCCGACGUCAAGUACCUCACGAGAUCAAGCUCGAUCCCUUUGCUGAGAGCAUCGUGCUUCCACUUCCUCACGGUGAUUUUGACGGAUAGAGGAUUGAGCGAUGGAAAGGAUUCAUACCCCGUUUUCCACGUCAACCCGCUGUCCUCUUUGGCCCACACCGUCGCAAAGAUUGUGGCUACACAGGCACACAGAAUGUGGAUCGUCGAGACCCCGAGCCCGGCAUCGAGUGCGCCGCCAACUCCCACCAUCACACCGGCCGUCGCUAUACCACCCCCCGCAGCCAUGUUACCCACACACCCCUACUCGCCUCCGUCAUUCGCGGCUCCUGGGGCGUCUGGUCUUCCGGGCAUGAGAUUGAGCGGCAGACUCACUGGGGUUGUUUCUCUCACUGACAUUCUUCAUCUCAUCGCAAAGAGUGCAGGCCUCGCGCCUGACGACCCCAAUCAAGCAAGGCGCCAGAGACGCCGCAGUUCAUCCAGUUCCAUGAGGGCUAGCUUUGAUCAGGGUAGGGGCUCGAUUGAUUUGCGCGAGCUCCGUGAACACCGUGGAUCCUUCGAGAUCCGCAGAUGAUUGAAUGGUCUGGAUGAUUGUUGGAUGAUUGGAAUAACGAGCAAUUCAUACUGGGUGUAAUCGAUGGACUUGUUUUUCCGUUUUUGUAAUACUACUACUACUUCGCUGCGGGUCGGUUCAUUGUUUGUGCUCAUUUUGUUUUGCUUUCUUUUCUUCUCUGAGGAACACGAUAUGGUUCCCUUCCGCCUCUCUCUCCCUCUUUCUCUCAAUAAGAUAUGAAUACGAUCUGGAAUUGCACGUGGUGGAGCAUAAAAA